UUUUUAUUAAAUCUAAAAUCUAAAAAUGAUUAUAUAUUGAUUAAGAUUCAAGAUUUUCUUGGUCGAGAGAUAAAUAGAAAAAGGAAAAAGAAAAAGGGAGUCAGGGAGUUGAUGUUUCAAAGAAAACAGGUAGAUAGAGAAAUUCGUCGUUGAAGAAAAAAUAUAAGAAGCUUUAAAUGCUGGGUGGUUGAUGAAUGAUGAUGGGUUCUCUAAAUUUUCAUCUCUUUCUCUGAAGGCCGAAACAUACCCAAUUAACCCACCACCUCUCUCCUUUUGUUAUAUAUAUCUUUGUUUGAAACCCAAUUUAUUUUGAUCAACAGUAUCCUUUUUCAUUCGAUUGAGGCAAAAAAUAAUGGAGUAUUAUCCGUACCCAUCUCGAUUUUCUAUGCCUUUAUUGCCUUCCUUUGGAGAUUUCGUUGGAAAGGUUAAAGAAGUUUGCAAUUUUGCCGUUUCUGCAAUCAUUGGGAACAUUUUCUCUGCAAUAUUCACCUUCUUCUUUGCUUUAGUGGGCACCUUGUUAGGAGCCAUGACCGGAGCUUUGAUAGGCCAAGAAACUGAGAGUGGGUUUGUUCGAGGGGCUGCAGUUGGAGCCAUAUCAGGAGCUGUUUUCUCUAUUGAAGUCUUUGAAUCUUCUCUUCUUCUUUGGCAGUCAGAUGAAUCUGGGAUUGGAUGUCUCCUCUACUUGAUUGAUGUUAUUGCAAGCCUUCUUAGUGGGAGACUUGUUCGGGAGCGAAUUGGUCCAGCCAUGUUAAGUGCAGUACAAAGCCAGAUGGGAGCUGUUGAAACAAGCUUUGAUGAGGUCCAGAACAUCUUUGACACUGGUGGUGCCAAAGGAUUGCCUGGUGAUUCUGUUGAAAAGAUCCCCAAGAUCAAAAUCACAAGCAACAACAAUGGAGAUGCUUCAGGGGAGAGAGUUGCUUGUUCUGUUUGCCUUCAGGUACAGUCCCUCCUCCCUCAAUUUUGCUGGAAAUUAAUCUUUAUUUUCAAAUUGGUGAUCGGAAUGUUGAUUAGUCAAUCGGAAAAUGAAGUUGUUCAUAAUGCAAACAUGCAGGAUUUUCAGCUUGGAGAGACUGUGAGAAGCUUGCCUCAUUGUCAUCACAUGUUCCACCUACCUUGCAUAGAUAAGUGGCUGCUUAGGCAUGCUUCCUGCCCACUCUGCAGAAGGGAUCUCUGAUGUGUUAUUUGUUGUUUCUUUCGCUGUAAAUUACAAAAUCAGAAAUGGUUAUAUAUAUAUAUAUAUAUAAGUGGGGCCUUGGCAAUUUGGAUAUGCCAUGAUCUUUAUACUAAGAUUAAUGAUCUGUAUAAAAAUUUUGAGUUAUGGCAGUUCUAAUUUGCAUUUAUUGUCA